AUGGUGAAACCGGUCAUAGUCUUCGCCCAUGGCGCAUGGCACCAACCUCUCCACUAUCUGAGCCUCUUGCGCUCGAUCCAAGCGAAGGGCCAUACCGUCGUCAGCCCGGUGAACGCGACACUGGACUUGAAAGGCUCAUCGGCAGGAAAGACUUGCCAGGACGAUACGAAAGUCAUUCGUGAUGCCAUGAGACCGUUUCUUGAAUCUGGCGAAGAUAUCGUGCUCGUCUGCCACAGCUACGGCGGCAUUCCAGGCACUGAUGCCGUAGAGGGAAACACUGUCCAGGAGCGGGCUGCCAAAGGACUGAAGGGCGGAGUCAAGAGCGUCGUGCACAUUGCUUCAUCCGCCUUGCCACAACGAGGCAUGUGCAUAUUCGACAUGGUGGGGGGAGGCCCAGAGCCCUGGUGGGAUUCUGACGGGACAUUUGGCUUCCCAAAUCAGGACGGCUUCGACAAGCUCUAUUCUGACGUCGACAGCGUAACAAAAGCGGCGUGCACGUCUGCACUUGUUAGACAAAGCAUUGAGAGUUUCCGAACGCCAAAUAUGUACUCAGCUCCCGAAGUCAAGGCUCCGCUGUUCUAUGUAGUGUGCGACGAAGAUCAGCUAGUCCCUCCGGCUGGACAGAAAGCACUUGCCGAGGCAUGCAAGGCCAAGACUAUUCAUCUCUCCUUGAGCCAUAGCCCAUUUCUGACGGACGCUGGGGUUCGACAGCUCAUGGAGUUCAUUGAUGAGGCAGCCAGCGUGACCUCCUGA